AUGAUGUGGUUUACAAUCUUCACCGCCUUGAAGAUCACAGCCGUCACCAUCGUCAACUGUGACCUCAUCAACCUUGACAACAUUUGGACCUCGACAUCGACAUUCCAUCGUGACCACGACUACGCCCUAAUUGGUCACGUGAUAAAGACCCUGCCUUUGUUCAUUGCCGACUGCCUGGUAGCUUGCCAGGAAACGCUAAGCUUGCAUGGUGGAGCAACAAUAGUAACCAAAGAUUCCCGGAAGGCCAUAUACUUUGAUGGACACGAUGACUAUGCKACCAUACCAAAAUUCAACAUUCACAAAACCGAUUUUACCAUCGCUUUCUGGUUUAAAGGUGCUGGAARCAMAUAUGRRUUUUUCARCCUCUUAAACGACAAAGCCAACUCUGUGACACAGUUUUCGAUAUUUGUCUAUUAUAACUUUAUCGACUUUAAAUUUUUAAACACUAAUGCUAAAUCUGUUACUAAAGGAUCAGGAAUUCGAGCAAGGAGACUCUUAAUAGAAUAUGAAUAUUUUUUUGGUCUAAUUAUCUUUUUCAGCCUGCAUGGUGGAGCAACAAUAGUAACCAAAGAUUCCCGGAAGGCCAUAUACUUUGAUGGACACGAUGACUAUGCKACCAUACCAAMAUUCAACAUUCACAAAACCGAUUUUACCAUCGCUUUCUGGUUUAAAGGUGCUGGAAACACAUAUGGGUUUUUCAACCUCUUAAACGACAAAGCCAACUCUGUGACACAGUUUUCGAUAUUUGUCUAUUAUAACUUUAUCGACUUUAAAUUUUUAAACACUAAUGCUAAAUCUGUUACUAAAGGAUCAGGAAUUCGAGCAAGUGAUUUUCCCAUCGGGCAAUGGUAUCACAUGACUGUCACUUGGAAUCGACWAGCAAAGAGAUGUAAAACGUACCUCGAUGGAGUACUGAAGAAAACUGUCAUCUCACCUUUAGCUAACGUGGAUCUGCGCGUCACUGGAAAGUCGCAUUACGAAAUUGGUGGACAAGCUGGAACAAAGAUGUUCAAUGGAUGGAUCAGUCAAUUAGUUGGUAUUCCGCAAGAAUUGAAACAAACUGAAGUCGUGAAUUUAAAAGAUGGUCGCUAUUUUGGAGCAUGGAUUGGAUUGAAUGAUAUAGACGAGGAAAGCACGCUCAAAUGGUCCAACGAUCAACCGCUGACAUACAUGUCUGCAGUACAAAACCAGGACCCUGACAAGGAUUGCGUGUAUUUGAGAAAGGACAAGGGAUCGAUUACAACUUGGAGCUUUGAGUCAUGUUCCGAAGAACAUCCAUUUGUCUGCGAAAAACUGUGAAACAUAGUCUUUAUCGACUAGAGGAUAUAGUAAUAGAUCGUUUCGAAAAAUGGCGGACAAAAUUCAAAUAACAAUAAUUAUUUCGACGAACGUUCGAGCUCGCUUCUCAUCCAUAAAAAAAUGAUAUGUAUUGUUACACGAAAAAGAGUCAGUCGGCAUUUGAAAAUUGUUUAAUAAAUUGUCCGCGAUUUUUUGAGUGUGUCUAUGAUAAAACAUCUCUUUUUGGUAUUGGGGUUGAAAUUUUUAAUCUAAAGGUACUGGGCUUUAAUAGGUAGUUGUUGUUAGAAGGGGUUGAUUUAGGAAUAUCCUCCCCUCGCAGUCCUUAUCAGCACCCAYACUGGGCUUUUAUAGGGUGGUUAUUGGAAGAAGGGCUGGCACUUUUGUUCAAAUUACAAACAUAAACAAAAUAAUUAGCAUUACGAGAGUUAACGUAUGUCACGUAAACUGUCGUUCCAUGCGAUCAUCCAACGUCUUCUUGCAUGAAUGGGGACUACAAUCUUACUCUCUCUUUUAUACUUUAUGAUAUAAUACACAUAUGGUAUUUACUACUAUUUUCUAGGGAUAACAUUACUUAAGUAAUUUUUCUGUUUCAGUACUUGUCAUUAUUUAGGGAUGUUCAGCUGCAUAAUUACAUGAUAAUGUAAAACAAUCAACUUGAUUAUAAGCUCUUCAAUGGAUUUAAAAGAGCCAAGGUUUGACUAAAACAGCGCUUGAUCAGUUGUUAGUAAAACUACAUUAGGUUUAGAUUUGUGAUUGUUUUUGUCAAAGUAUAUUCAUUUUGAGUUAGCAAAAACAAUUCAGAAACAACAAGCUGCUAAUUUAAACACAUUUUCUCAUUUUAAGCAAUUAAAAUUAU